ACUGGCAGAGAUGUCAUGGCGUCUGUGGGGCUGGAGCUGGAAUUAAGCUAGCUAAAAGCUGUCGACAGUGUGUAAAUCGAAAUGGAGAAAAAUGCAAACCUGCAUCGAGAUGUUGGAGGAAGUACUCUAUGUGCUACUAUUGCAGGAGAAAUGGGCGAUAUUAAAACAGUUGGCAGAAUGAAGGGAGCGACCGAUACGUGCAAGAAUAGUGAGCGUUCUCUCAGUACUUUGGUUAGUUGUACUACUAGCUCCAGUAGUGCCCCUAGCACUGCUAGUAAUGCUAUCUCCAGUGUUGAGAAAUUAGAUAUGGCAGAAAUGAUCGAGUCUCUCCCGGUGCAAGAGAAGAACAUUCAAUCGAGUGGUUGGUCGGAGACAUUGUCCUCUGGAUCUGGAGAUCAUUUGAGUAACGGGAUGGGAUAUGGCACGCAGCUGGCUACAGGAAAUAGCGAGGGUGCCACCUCAAAGUUAGUAAACAAUAAAACGGAUGGCGAGCCUUCCUCAAUGGGGGCAAGGAUUACAGAUGGUGAAGCUGAGGUGUUGGGGUGUGAGUCAGUUGAACCAGUGAAACUGGCAAAACCGACACACCUAUUUUCGGACAAAACAAAUACGGGAAACGUCAAAUGUGGAGUUAAGAUUGACAAAACCAUAUGCGAGGGUUUGCAGAGUGGGAGUGACCCGUGCAUCGCGGCAGAAUCUAGGAGCGCCGACUCACUUGAGUCCUUCUCGAACCUCAACUCCUGUCCCAGUUUCGAUCUCAACAGUGAAGGGUUGGAGGACAGGGGGCUGGCAAUAACACUACAGAGCGAGUAUGGGGCUGAUGGAACUAAGAUCCCCUGCACCAAGGACCGGGGCGCUGGCCAGUCCAUAUACCAUAUCAAGUGGAUCAAGUGGAAGGAGGAAAACACACCUAUCAUUACCCAGAACGAGAACGGUCCAUGCCCAUUGCUGGCAAUUAUGAAUGUCCUAUUGCUGGCAUGGAAGGUGAAGAUGCCACCAAUGAUGGAGAUCAUAACUGCUGAACAGUUGAUGGAAUAUCUUGGAGACUACAUCCUCGAUGCCAAGCCGAAAGAGAUUUCAGAAGCCCAGCGGCUAAACUAUGAACAGAAUAUGAGUGAUGCCAUGGCGGUGCUGCACAAGCUGCAGACAGGGCUGGAUGUCAACGUGAAGUUCACAGGGGUGCGGGUCUUUGAGUACACCCCAGAGUGCAUUGUCUUUGACCUGCUGGACAUCCCUCUCUACCACGGCUGGCUGGUGGACCUGCAGAUGGGCGACACAGUGAAGGCAGUGGGUAACUGCAGCUACAACCAGCUGGUGGAGAAGAUAAUCUCUUGCAAACAGUCGGCCAGCAGUGAGCUGGCUGGGGAAGGCUUUGUAGCCGAGCAGUUUCUGCACAGCACGGCCACCCAGCUGACGUACCACGGCCUGUGUGAGCUCACGUCCACCGUGCAGGAAGGAGAGCUCUGUGUGUUCUUCAGGAACAACCACUUCAGCACCAUGAUCAAGUUCAAGGGCCAGCUGUACCUCCUGGUGACAGACCAGGGCUUCCUGACGGAGGAGAAGGUGGUGUGGGAGAGCCUGCACAAUGUAGACGGGGAUGGCAACUUCUGUGACUCUGAGUUCCGCCUGCGACCCCCGUCAGACCCAGAGACGGUGUACCGCGGACAGCAGGACCAGAUAGACCAGGACUACCUGAUGGCGUUGUCGCUGCAGCAGGAGCAGCAGAGUCAGGACCUGCAGUGGGAGCAGCUCCCCGAGGGCAUCAGUGACCUGGAGCUGGCCAAGAAGCUGCAGGAGGAGGAGGACCGACGAGCCUCCCAGUACUACCAGGAACAGGAGCAGGAGCAGGCUGCCGCAGCACAAGCGCAGCAGCCAGCAGAGGGAAGUGACGAAGCAGACAGAGCAGAAGCAGCAUCAUCAUCAUCAGCUGCAGCUGGAGCCACGCCCAGCCCAGGGAAGCAGCCUUCUGCCGGGGAGCGCAAACCCAAAAAAGAGCCCAAGGAUAAAGACAAAUGUGUUCUAUUGUAACAUAGGAUGGUUGUGUGUUUGUGUGAUAGAGAAAGAGGGGGGCAGCAUUUUUUUUCACAUUGACCUGACAGCCUACGAACAGCCACUUUUGAAAGCGAGAGAUAGCGAUGAGACAAACUGAGGAGUUGCCAUUCCCAAGCCACUGGUGCCUGCCAUCCUCUACCCUCAGUGGGCCCGGACAACAGAGGAAAGGACGCUAUGACAACUACCACUAAUCUUUUGUACAGUUGGCCAAACUUUGUUACAAGUCGCACAGUGUUUGUGAUCUGGGGUCAAGGUUAAUGGGGGUGGUUUUAUAGCAAAAUGAGAACAAUUCCAGAAACAGGAUGCUGGGAGGGAAAGAAUUCAGAAUCUGAAAUAUCUCCUCUCAUGACACCAACGUUUUUCAAGGAAAUCGUUUUCAUUCAUUUUCAUUAUUGCAGUUGAUAAGCUAUUUUAUUUUUAUUUUUUACAGCACAUAUGUAUAGAUAUGCCUGCUUUGAUUCAGUUCAGUUUUUGAGCGUUAGACUUUUCACUGAAAACUCAACCUUCGUUUGCUAGCUUUUGGUUGGUGGGGGUAAUUUAGCUCCUUCCAAUUGGAGAUAAUCAAGAGUGUGUUCAGAGUCUUAUUGGGAUAGAGAUGAGGUGAUAGUGACAUCAGUGAGUGUAAUAUCUAAGCACUCCUGUCUCUUCGCCACGUUAAUGGAUGCCAAAUUACUACUUUGCGUGUGUUUUUGCGUGUGUUUGCAUGUGUGCUUGUAUGCGUGUGUAAGAGUAUUUUAGAGAACAAUUUUCUUUUGGUAUAUACUUAAAUUGAAAGGGAUUCAUUUGUUUUUGCCGGUUAGAAAUGAAUGUAAGACCCUGUUGUGACAAGCCUUUUGUAUAUCUCUCUAACACUACCCACAUCCCUGUUCUUCCUGAGAGGCCUGUAAAUCAGUGCCAUACUCUGGUAAGGGCUGUCUCUACCAACCCUCAUCUGCCAUUUAAGACUCGCCCUAUCCAGAUUGGCUUUACCAGAGUAUGGCAGUGUUGAAUUCUGGUGUGUGUGUGGCAUUGGUGUCUACAGUGUGUAUGUGUGGCUGAUAUGCUUAGCUGCAUUGAUUUAUGCUCUUAAUUUCAACUUGGAAAUAACCUAACGUCAACAAGAAUGUUUUCCGAUGUAUAUGAGAAGUUGGAUUGAAAGAUAUGCCAUGUAUUUCAUUUCUCAUAUUUGCUGUAUAUGCUUCACAUCCAGUAGAGUCUGGACAAUCACACAGACAGAACCAUGGAAACACAGGACGGUGCACCUAAUUUGACUUCUGUCACUCACUCCCUGAGAGACUUGGCUGGUUAUUGGUUAUUGGCUGCAGAGGAAGAGUGAUAGUAUCCCACACUAAUAGUCUUUAGUGCCCAAUGUCACACAGAUCUGCCGGCAGUUAUGUUGUCAAUAUGGGAUGUUGUCGAUAUGGGAAGCCUCGUGACCUAGUUGAGUUAUGGAAGUAGGAUUUUCUAAUGUAGCCAUGUUUGAAUCCAUGUGCUUCUCCUACAUCAUCUGACUUUCAAACAAAUUUAUAUACAUUGUGUACAUACCUAAUGCACAUUUAUGACAGAGCUAGCUAGUAGUUUGCACCAGUGUCCUACUAUGGUACUGCCUCCUGAGAGAUUUACUGUUUUCUAUCUACACAUUCCAGCUGGAUGCCUUGACUCAAGCCUUGUGUUGUACGUCAGACCUAGAAACACAGUUAUAGGGGAGACUCCUCGCAGUGCUGCUAGUUAAGGGGUCUCCCAUUUUUGGUUGUUACAUUUUGUUCUCAUUGUCCAGAAAUGGACAACCCCAGCCUUCAAGGACAAGUCCAGUACUUAGUAUUUAUUUUUGCCUGGCUACUGGCUGCAGGCUACCUGACAAACCGGUAGUAAGGCUUAUCUGCAGGCUGGACUUGAGGACUGGGGUUAGCUCAGCCUGUCUAUACGGUCCUCACGAGGCCACACUUACUCUGUAUAUAAAAUGCCUUACAACAUUUACAAUAUCUUUUAUAAGAAUAAACGGAAACAGGUGUAUUACCAGAAUGAGACAAUCUGUAGAUUUUAAACUAGACAUCAGAAAUACUCUCAGGCCUUCUCUGAAGGGACAUAUCCUUGAGUGUCUUUUGUAAAUUGUUUGUGUAUUAGCUGCCUUGGCAACAGCAAUGAUUGAUAUAUACCAUUGUAAAGUAUUUAAUAUACCUUGUAGUAACUCCCUCAAGAGAAUGUGUUGUAAUGUAAAUGUGUAACCAUGUAUAGGUAUCAGUAACAAAUGAUUUCAACACAUGGUAUCUAACUAGGUCGACUUCAUAUUAUCAGGCUGUGCAUAAUUAUCGCUAGUUAUGUUCACGGAUGGCAUAACGAUGGGUUUCUGAGCUUCUCUCAGGCCUACCUAGUCAAAGGAAUUCACUAUGACUUUACACUAGAAUAGGUUUGCCCCUUGUAAUGGAAUUCAAGGCUGCUUUUCGAAAGUGAAUUAAACUGCUGCUGCUUGUAUGUUCACAAUGACUACCCAAAAAGUAAUAUAUGGCUGAAUAGACAGGACUUAAAGAGAAACAUCUAUGUUGAAGCGAGCGUGUACAUCCUGUUUAUGGUAUGCUACAGUAUGUCAUUAUUGACUAGUGAUUUUGUGAAAGGUUGGGGUGAUGGGGGAUGGGCGAAGGACCACGUCCCUUUGAGUGUCAGGGACACAAUCCAUAUUCUUGUUUCUUUUGUAAAAUAACAUCCAUUUUAAAGUUACCGUCACACUGCAGCUUGAAUUAUACUGGCCUAAACCCAUUUGUAACGAUGUUCAAAAGGCAACUAGUGAGUAUUAUGAUGAGAACCUCAGAGGGCCACUUUAUCUAAUUACUUUGAGGUUUUUGGGGGAGCAACAAGAUGUUAAACACAUGCGUCACACACAUUUAAAAAAAAAUUACAUUGCAUUAUUUACCAGUAUCUAGAUAUUGUUUUAUGUGUUUCAGCUUGAAUGUUGUUCCUCAAAAUAAUUGAUAAGGAUUUUGUUUGUGGAAUGUCUCGAGUGAAUAUGUGUAAGCCUUGUUAUAGUGCUGGAGCGGUAAAUACUGUACAAACAAUAGUCUGUUAACAAGGUAGUCCUUGAACAUAUAGUCAUUGUAAUUGGUUUUGCACUGUUACAUUGAUAUGCACUACUAAGGCUGUGUUUGGACAGGCAUGUUCUUUCCAAGCGCAUCAGAUCUGAUUGAAGACCAAUUAGUGAGAAAAAAGAUCAGAAUUGGUCUGCCUGUGUAAACAGCCUAAGAGAAGAGAAAAUACCUCAUUUUAUACAGAAUUAGAAAUUGUGCAAGAGUGCUUUUGUUCUUUGGGUACCUUGUAAAAAUGGAAUACUGUCUAGAAUUGCUACAACAGUAGCUCUUCCAACAGUCAGUUGAAUAUGAAAUGCUCAAUUGUUUCUUUAUGACAAAGGUAUGAAAGGGCUGGUUAAAUGUUUUGGCUAAAAGUACAUUAAGUACUGUGUAGCCCUUUUCAAUAAAAGUUGAUGCAACUUGAACUUCAGGUAGCUGUUCACCCGUUUAUCUGCUAAGGCCAGAAUUGUUUAAUAGCAUUUGCGUAGCUUUUCACACAAAAAUAUGUCACUAAUGCCGCUGGCUGGUCAUCUAGAGCACAGGUGUCAAACUCAUUCCACGGGGGGCCGAGUGUCUGCGGGUUUUCGCUCCUCCCUUGUACUUGAUUGAUGAAUUAACAUCACUAAUUAGUUAGGAACUCCCCACACCUGGUUGUCUAGGGCUUUAUUGAAAGGAAAAACCAAAAACCUGCAGACACUAGGCCCUCCGUGGAAUGAGUUUGACACCCCUGAUCUAGAGGGAAGGGAUUUUAAAAGUUGGCUAUUUCGACAUUGAUACUGUAUAGAUUGGAGAAAAGUAUUAGUAGUAGUUUCAUAUGGGAAAUGUGUAAAAUCAGAUAUUCUGGAGCACAGAACAUGAACGCAAUCCACCAUAUUGAUUUAACUUGUUCUGUUGAGAUUAAAUGCAAUUAUGUUAUUCUGAUGCAUAAUACUGAAUGCAACAAAUGCAUACUAAUGACAUUUAGCAGAGUAUAAUUUCAAUUAUGUAUUAUGUUAAUAUUUUCACUUAUGUUUAACCACACACAAAAAAGGUCAAUCCUCGUGUUGGAAGGUUCAAAUGUUUAUCUAUAUACAUAUGACCAAAUAAUGUAUGUAGCCUAUCACAGUACCUUUGCAAAAUGUAGAUGGUGUUUCUUCUGUAACAAAAUGCCUUAGACGAGGGAUAUUCAGCCUGAUUAUUAAAGUACAUGGACAAUAAAAAAUAAAAACUUGUUCUCUUUUCACAACCA